CUAUGCUGUAAGCGAUUAUCUGUCGACUCCUCCUAAAAAAUAAAAAAAAAUGACAUGACAAAAUCACCUUUACUCUGCAGUAUAUUUGUGCAGAAAAAACUUUGUAUAUGUAUGUGUAAGUGAUUGUCAUGAAGUGGAUCAAGAAGAAAACUGAAUAGACAAGAUAUUUUAUUUAUAAAUAGGUUGCAUUUAUAAUUUUUGGAUUCGUUACCGAAAUUACUCGUACUGUAGUAUCGUACUGCCAGUGUGCAUUUGUCCAGUUAGCAAGAGUGUUAAGUGCAGGUCGUACAGUAUGUCUGGCGGAGAGAUACGGGAGGGCUUUUUGUGCCCGAUGUGUAUGAAGGAUCUAGGAACAGUGAGCCAGUUACAGUCUCACUUUGAGGAGGCACACAGCACUGAGGACAAAGCUACUCUCAAUCAGCUUAGAGGAUUGUUUGAUAGAGCAAAAAAGAAGUUUCUUGGUGAUAAAGAAGGAGAGUAUGUGUCUGAUACAAGUAAAGCAAGCACUAGUAUUGCAGUAACUCAGGCAACAAGUCUCUACGAUGUUGAUUACUGGCAGCAACAAGAAUUAGGAAAGACUCGUAGUUGGACAGAUUUUUUCCGGGGAUUAAGAGAUGCAAGAGUGGAUAAAUAUGUUGUGGAAACCAAUAAGAUAUUGAUACGCCUUGAUAAACUGAUCAGCUCGGAGAUCCCAACUGAUUCAGGAAAAAGAAAAGCAUUUGAAAAGACAGUGGUCAUGUGGAUGCCAGAUAGUGAAGUAAAGAGCUGUCGAUAUUGUGGUCGCUCAUUUAGCCUGACAAGACGUAGACACCAUUGUCGUCUCUGUGGUGGCAUCAUGUGUGAUAGAUGCUCACAUUUUCUUACUCAUGAUUAUGCAAAAAAGCUAACAAACCCAUCAUUCAGCUUUGAGGGAGGAAGGGACUCCGGUUUUCUGAAGCGUUCAGGAAGCAACUCUAGUCUAAAUUCCCUGUUCAGCACCGAGGGUGACCCACAUAUACGUGCCUGUGAAGACUGUAGAAAAUUGCUGGAGAGGCGUGAUCAACAAAUGGAACAGCGCAAUACAAAGUCCACCAUUGUCUUAUUAUAUGAGAAAAUGAAAUUCUGUAUUGGAGAAUGUGAAGGAAUGUUGGAGAAUUACUUACCAAUGGUUGAAUCUCUUAGUGCUGGAGAGUCAACUUACAGUUUAAGUACUGCCCAAAGACGAAGACAGGAGCUAGUGAAAAAAUAUGAAAUUAUUGAUCAAAUAAGCAAAAGAAUUGCCUUACUGGAUUCUAAUAAGGAAGAAGGACUUUCACCGAAGGAGGCUUUAUUACAGAAGUCUAUACGUGUGUAUGCCUCAAACUUUAUGCAGGAAAACAUGAUGGGACUGCAAAACUUGCCUUCUGAAGAACAGUAUCAAAAAUUACAACAGAAACAUACAGCUCAAGUUCAGAAACAGAUUGCUCUAGAACGGCAAGCUGUGCAACUGGCACAGGCCGAAGAGAAAAAACUUGCAGAAAAGGAGAAGUAUGGAUCGCCGAGUAAAGACGAGGACGGGCAUGAUAGAUCUAGUUCUCAAAAACACUCUAGAAAUAAAAGUGACGGCUGGAAGCCAACAGAACAUAAUGUAAGAGGGACAGAUGAGGAUCCUAUGUUGCAGCAAAUGGAAAUUAUUAGAGUUUAUAUUCAACAGGCAAAACAAGCCAAGAAAUGGGAUGAAGUAAAUAUGUUAGAACAGAAUCUGAGGGAUCUACAGAUGGAGUAUUCUAGUCAACAAAAACAGACCUGGUCCUAGAGUUGUGAUACAAGUAGCCAGGCCAAGGGGAAGUGCAUGUUUUUACUCUGUCUUUUUUAAUAGCUAUUGCAAGUCCAAAUAAAUUGGUGUGUGCUGGCAUAUCCAGUUUAUUUUUAAAGCAGAGAUGUAUGUUUCCUGUGUUUGGCUUUGGAGCUUUCUAUUGUUAUAGCGAUGCUUGCCAGAUGUUUGAUCAGGUAACAUACAGCAUUGUUGCAUUAAAUGUUACUACCUUAGCAGCCUCAUAUAAAAAGAAAUCUAGUCUCCAUUCAGUUUUAAAAGCUUAAAACAUUAAAUUUGAUUGUAGCUUAGUGCUUUAUAGCCUGCAUCUUAGGGUUGUUAUUCCUUUAAUUUUCCUUACUACUUACAUCAUAUAUAUUUAUAAUGAUAUAAUUAUACAUGAUUUGAUUGUUGUACAUUUUUGGUACUUUGGAUUAGCAGAAUUUUUAAUGCUGUAAAAUUUCAAAGUUUGAUUCAUCAGUGCUUUGAAGUCAGUGCUAGAUAUGACAUUUGAGCUGUGCCAUGAGAAAAUCAACAUUGUGGCUUUGCGACCAGCAUGGAUCCUGACCAGACUGUGCAGAUGCGCAUGCUGGUCUGGAUUCAUGCUGGUCACAAAGCCACUAUGUUGGUUUUCUAUUGGCGCAGCUCAUUUAUUGAUUUAUUUGAUCGAUCAUCGAGUCGUUAGUUCUAUCCCAGUGUGAGACAUAUUUUUUUUUUGACAAUUUCAUAAGUGAAAUUGUGUCUGAUGUCAAUUUGUCCUCCACCGCUGAUUCAUGUGUAGAAGUUGGCAGAUACUUUGUGAAAACGGGUCAGAACAAAAACAAGGACACUGAUUAGGUUAACUCCCCUACAUUACAUGACUAAAAUACUGUUGAAAAACAGCUUUAAACUGAAAACAAACGAACAAACGUGUCUAAUGUAUUGCAGUAACGCAUUUAAAGUUCAUAAGAUGCAUUUGUACUUCAUACUUAUGUAGUGCCAUUUUAAGGAGCUUUGUUUGUUUGUUUGGGGUUUAACGCCGUUUUUCAACAGUAUUUCAGUCAGGUAACGGCGGGCAGUUAACCUAACCAGUAUUCCUGGAUUCUGUACCAGUAAAAACCUGUUCUCCGCAAGUAACUGCCAACUUCCCCACAUGAAUCAAAGGUGGAGGACUAAUGAUUUCAGACACAAUGUCGUUUAUCAAAUAGUCACGGAGAACAUAGGCCACGCCCGAGGAUCGAAAUCGCGCCCCUGAGAUCCGUAGACCAACGCUCUUACCUACUGAUUUUAAGGAGCUCCUGUUCUAGUUAUUAUCAUACCUAAACAUUAUAUUGAGAAAUUUAUUCUUGCAGUUGUCCAUCAAAGCUUUACUUGUUUAAUGUAAUCAUUGUCACCUUUAUAAUGUAAUCACUGUAACGUAAAAUCACUGUGAGAAUGCCUUCGCUAAAAGUUGCAUACAUCUUUUUUUGCUGAUUUCUUUUCCCCUUUUAAAUGAAACAUGCCAACCAACUGUGUUAUGUAAAAACUCAUUUAGAAUUUAAGAAGAUGAAUUUGGAACAGUUUGAUGAUUUGUUUGAUAUUUAUGUGCUGAUGAUUACUUCAGAAAUUAGUACAAAAAUCACACACUAGAUAUAUAUAAAACAAAGGUCAGUUGAUAUUAUUAGAGUUUCGGAUAAAAUUACAACCAAUAGUACAUUUAAUUUAAUGUAUUUAUAAAAGAUAGAUAUAUACAUACCUAUGUGAUAGCAUAAUGCUUAAUUGCAGAUUUUUAUAUAUUUAUUGACAUUUUAUGUAUGUUGUUAUAUUAUGCAAUAAUUUAAUAUGUUAAUGUUUUCAAGGAAAGAUAACAUUAGUUUGAUACAUUAUAGCUUAUUUUAUUUUAAUUUUCUUACCUGGUGUGGUUGUAAGAUAUAAGCAAGACGUAAGCACUGACUGUGGUGUGAGAAAAGUUCAUACUUCAGCAGUGUUCAGAAUAGUUGUGAUUAGCAUAAGGUAGUUCUGCACGUUUGAAAAACAGGAAGUGAUGGUGUAACGUCAUUUAUUUGGGAAACAUACAGUAAAGCCUGGAUUCUGCGUGCGGAAAUGAAAAUUAUUUUAUGAAUUAAUGGCAACCUGUGAGUACAUUUAUUACAAUGGCACUGUUACUAUCUUUCCAAAGUUAAAAUAUGAUAUUAAAACAUCUUGACACGUUAAAUAAUUCAAAACAAUCUCAUAAGAUUAGCUUGAAAUGUGCGGUUCAUUUUAUAAUCAUUGUCAAAUAUCUAAAGAUUAAGCACACAGACAUAUACAUUUUAUUGUACCCCCUGACAACAAAGUUGAAAGGGGGGGUAUUCUGGUUUCAGGUUUUCUGUCUGUCCGUCCGUCCGUCCGUCUGUCCGUAGACACAAUCUUGUGCGCUCCAUCUCUCCUCAUCCCCUUGACACAAUUUAAUGAAACUUAACACAAAUGAUCAGUAACAACAGUAGUUGUGCAUGGGGCAUGUUAGGUUCUUUCAGAAAAAAAAAUUGCAGAGUUACGGGACUUUGUUCUUUGUUACUAUACUAUAUACAUAGACACAAUCUUGUGCGCUCCAUCUCUCCUAAUCCCCUUGUCACAAUUUAAUGAAACUUCACACAAGUGAUCAGUAACAACAGUAGUUGUGCAUGGGCAUGUUAGGUUCUUUCAGAAAAAAAAUUUGCAGAGUUACGGGACUUUGUUUUUUGUUACUAUACUAUAUACAUAGACACAAUCUUGUGCGCACCAUCUCUUCUUAUCCCCUUGACACAAUUUAAUGCAACUUCACACAAGUGAUCAGUAACAACAGUAGUUGUGCAUAGGGCAUGUUAGGUUCUUUCAACUACAAAAAUUGCAGAGUUAUGGGACUUUGUUUCUUGUUAACAUACUAUGUACAUACAGUCUGCAUAUGCAAUCUUGUGUGCGCCUAAUCUUCCGAACCCUUGCACAUGAUUUAAUGAAACUUCACACAAGUGAUCAGUACCAACCCUAGUUGUGCAUGGUGCAUGUUACGUUCUUUUAGAUAAAUAUUCUGCAUAGUUAUGGGACUUUGUUUUUUGUUACUAUACUGUAUACAUGGAGUCUGUAUACAUACAGUCCACAUAAUUACGCAAUCUUGUGUGUGUCAAAUUGCAAUGUACUGUGACAGUGCAUGAGCGGGGUACAUUCAUCACCUUCAGUGAUAGCUCUAGUUUCACCACAGUUUAAGCCAUAUGUUUAUUUACAAGUGUGAGAAGUUUCAUAAAAAUCUACUUCAUAGAAAAAUUUCUAUUGGCAAAAUUGUUAUGAAACAUGUGAUUUUCCCAUAGACUCCCAUUAUAAAAAAUGAGAUCCAAAUUUUUCAGAUCAGUUUAGCAAAAAAUCAAGCACAGUUUUUUUUAUUUGCUGA